AAAAAGCAAUUCUCUUGGAAGCGAAAAGAACCGUGACAAUAUUUAAACACUCAUUCUUCUCUAAGUUCCCCAUUAUCAUCAUCACAUCCCUCUCUUCUUCACUACAACACACAAAAAUGGAGAAACCAUCCUCAAUGAAACAAUGGAAGAAAGGUCCAGCUCGUGGCAAAGGCGGUCCACAAAACGCUCUUUGCCGUUACCGUGGAGUGAGGCAAAGAACAUGGGGCAAAUGGGUGGCUGAGAUCAGAGAGCCCAAGAAGAGAGCAAGACUCUGGCUCGGCUCUUUCGCUACAGCUGAAGAAGCAGCCAUGGCUUAUGACGAAGCCGCGCUGAAACUAUAUGGUCCUGAAGCUUAUCUCAACUUACCUCAUCUUCAGCAGAGGAAACAACAAGGACCUCCUCUGAACAACACUCAGAGGUUUAAAUGGGUUCCUUCAAAGAAGUUUAUCUCCAUGUUUCCUUCUCGCGGUUUGCUGAAUGUGAAUGCUCAGCCUAGUGUUCAAGUUAUCCAGCAGAGACUUGAUGAGCUCAAGAGAAACGGGCUUCUAUCUCAGUCCUAUUCUUCUAGCUCUUCCUCCACGGAGUCGAAAAGCCUUCUUGAUGACAAGAACAGCAAGGGAGAACCAGACAAGGUGUUGGAAGGUGAUGGUGAUAAGGAGAAACCAGAGAUUGACCUGAACGAGUUUCUUCAGCAGAUGGGGAUCUUGAAGGAUAAGAGUCAAGCAGAAGCGAGCCAAGUAGUAGAAUCUCAUCCCACUCUGCCGUGGAACGAGCAAGAAGAAGGUGGAAGUCCAUUCACAGCUCAGAGUUUAAGCUGGGAGACGAUGAUUGAGAUGCCAGGAAGUGAAACCUCAGCUAUGCAGUUCGAUUAUGAUUUCGAGGACGAUGAUCUAGGUUUCUCUUCUAUCUGGAACUUCUGUGGAAGUUUAGAUGAGUGAAAGCUACUUUCUGUAGAUCAUAUUCAGAAGUACACAUAUGGAGUUAGGUUUAGUGUUUUUGGAAUAGUGUAGCUGCAUGGGUAGAAAGUGAUAUGCUGAGAGUGCAGUCUGUGCAGCAAUAAAAAUGAGAGUCAGUGUACUUCUGAAUAUGAAAUGAGUUGUUCUGUUUUGUU